GUCAGACGACAGAGGAAGAGGCUGAUAGCGUUGCCUUGAGAAAGAGUUCUGAACGAAAUUGUCAGCAGCUAAGUAUACUAGUCCGGCCUGCCACAAAGGACCGGAACUCUCUGCCAGACUGCCACCGCCGAUCAUGGCGCAUUUGUGCAGUCCAUCCACGAUGGCUCGGCUCGUGUAUCGGACAACUGACGAUCCUGCCGUUUCAGAUGUGUCUCCCACAGCGGGAGAGACCCCCGAAGGUUUUAUGGCGCCUAAGUUUCCUUUUCCACAUGCUGGCAUUCUGGGCUUGAGGACUAAUUACACCACAGCUGCCAUGUCCCAAACAAUGUAUCAUCAACACGACUCCAGAAACGGGUGUUACGCAGGACCCUGCAGUCGUAAAUUCAGGACCAUGAUGUCCCUGUCGACUUCUUACGCCCUUCAACCGCAAAGCAGCGAACACAAGACAAAGGACUGGUUGAGUCCAGGGACUCAAGCAUUUCGCUCGCUUCCCUCGUUGAUGGAAAUGCAUGCAACUGGACAACUACAUUGUGUACAUGUAGUACCGACACAGCUUCGAAAGUUUUGUCGAAGCUCGGAUGCUGCCUUGUAUGUAUCAUGUGCUUUCAGGCACCCAACAGUGCCUGCAUCUCUGGAACACCAGCAGCCAGGUACCCGCUGUCGGAGCUGCGUGUAGUGCUGAAGGUGGAAGGGGCCAUCUCACGUUUGCAGC